GAGGGGAGGAGGGCGAGCAGGGGGGCGAGCGAUGCGGCGCGGCCGCGCUGGCUGAGGAGAGGUGGCCCCGCAGUUCCGGAGGACGAGGAAUCCCAGUAGCUAGGCAGCCUCCCUCUUUUCUUUCCUUCCUUCCUUCCACCCCUUCGCUAUGUAGGGAGAGGCAUCAAUGGAAAGGCUGAAAUAUGCGUAGAUGGACUUUCGGAUGCAUUUUUUCUUGAAAGAGGAAGACAAAUCCUGCUUGCCACUGCACUCACUUUUGUUGCUGUUGCAUCGCUCGGUAAAAAUGGGGUUCACUCACUCCAGCUGAAUCCUUGGAGCAUUCCAGAGAGUUGCUGCAGUGAAGGACUUACCCUUAAUUUUCUGCAUCAGAGGAGCUGCAUUGAUGUUAACCAUUUUUUUGUAAAAUGGAGAACGAGAUCUUCACACCCCUUCUGGAGCAGUUCAUGUCGAGCCCUCUUGUCACCUGGGUGAAGACGUUCGGGCCGCUGGCUGGAGGAAAUGGGACCAACCUGGAGGAAUAUGUGGCGCUGGUGGAUGGAGUGUACCUGAACGAAGUCAUGCUGCAAAUCAAUCCAAAGUCUGCUAAUCAGAGGAUAAACAAAAAAGUCAACAAUGAUGCAUCAUUAAGGAUUCAAAAUUUGUCUGUUUUGGUGAAACAAAUAAAAACUUACUAUCAGGAGACUUUGCAGCAGUUGAUCAUGAUGUCUCUGCCAAAUGUGCUAAUAAUAGGCAAAAAUCCUUUUUCUGAGCCAGGUACUGAAGAAGUAAAAAAGCUCCUCCUGCUUUUGCUUGGUUGUGCAGUUCAGUGCCAGAAAAAAGAAGAAUUUAUUGAAAGAAUCCAAAGUCUGGAUUUUGAUACCAGAGCAGCUGUUGCAGCCCAUAUUCAGGAGGUAACUCAUAAUCAGGAAAAUGUGUUUGACCUGCAGUGGAUGGAUGUGAUUGUGCUGACACAAGAGUAUGUUGAGCCUCUCCUGAAAAAUAUGGCAUUGCAUUUAAAAAGACUUAUAGAUGAAAGAGAUGAGCACUCAGAGACCAUCAUCGAGCUGUCGGAGGAGCGGGACUGCCUGCGCUCGCUGCCGCACGCGGCGCCCUCGCCCUGCGGCUCCCCCGGCAUGAAGCGCACCGAGAGCCGGCAGCACCUCAGUGUGGAGCUCGCCGACGCCAAGGCCAAGAUCAGGAGGCUCAGGCAGGAGCUUGAGGAAAAGACUGAGCAGCUGCUUGACUGCAAACAAGAACUGGAACAGAUGGAAGCUGAACUGAAGAGACUUCAGCAAGAGAACAUGAGCCUGCUGUCGGAUGCCCGCUCGGCCCGGGUGUACAGGGACGAGCUGGACGCGCUGCGGGAGAAGGCGAUCCGCGUGGACAAGCUGGAGAGCGAAGUCGGCCGCUACAAGGAGAGGCUGCACGACAUCGAGUUCUACAAAGCCAGGGUGGAGGAGUUGAAGGAAGACAAUCAAGUGCUGCUAGAAACCAAGACAAUGUUGGAAGAUCAACUGGAGGGGACCCGAGCCCGUUCGGAUAAACUGCACGAGUUGGAAAAAGAGAAUUUACAGCUGAAAGCUAAAUUGCAUGAUAUGGAGAUGGAGCGUGAUAUGGACAGAAAGAAGAUUGAGGAGCUCAUGGAGGAAAACAUGACCCUAGAAAUGGCUCAGAAGCAAAGUAUGGAUGAAUCUUUGCAUCUUGGCUGGGAGCUGGAGCAGAUAAACAGGACUACUGAACUUUCUGAAGUGCCCCAGAAAUCACUGGGCCAUGAGGUGAACGAGCUGACAUCCAGCAGGCUACUGAAGCUGGAAAUGGAAAACCAAAGUUUGCUGAAGACAGUGGAGGAGCUGCAAGGUGCAGUGGGCUCUGUGGAAGGCAGCAGUUCAAGGAUUCUGAAAAUGGAGAAAGAAAACCAAAGACUUAGCAAGAAGCUUGAGGAGCUGGAGAAUGAAAUCAGCCAAGAGAAACAAAGUCUUCAGAACAGUCAAAAUCAGAGCAAGGAUUUGCUGAAAGAAAAAGCCCAGCUUGAAAAGACACUUGAAGCACUUCGAGAGAACUCCGAGCGACAAAUUAAACUCUUAGAACAAGAAAAUGAGCACUUGAAUCAAACUGUGACUUCUCUGAGGCAGCGCUCACAAAUCAGUGCUGAGGCGAGAAUGAAGGAAAUUGAAAAGGAAAAUAAAAUCCUCCAUGAGUCUAUCAAAGAGACCAGCAGUAAGUUAAAUAAGGUUGAAUUUGAAAAAAAACAAGUCAGGAAAGAGCUGGAGCACUACAAAGAGAAAGGGGAGAGGGCAGAGGAAUUAGAGAACGAGCUGCAUCGUCUGGAGAAGGAAAACGAGUUACUGCAGAAGAAAAUCACCAACCUAAAAAUCACUUGUGAGAAGAUUGAGGCCUUAGAACACGAGAACUCUGACCUGGAGACAGAGAACAGAAAGCUGAAAAAAACCUUGGAUAGCCUGAAAAACCUCACUUUUCAAUUGGAAUCCUUAGAAAAGGAGAAUUCCCAACUCGACGAAGAAAAUUUAGAGUUACGGAGGACAAUUGAAUCCUUGAAGUGUACAAGCAUGAAAGUGGCACAGUUGCAAUUAGAAAAUAAGGAGCUGGAGAGUGAAAAGGAGCAGCUCAAAAAAAGCCUUGAGCUGAUGAAAGCCUCUUUUAAGAAAACUGAACGCUUGGAGGUCAGUUACCAAGGCCUGGACACGGAAAACCAAAGGCUACAGAAAGCCCUGGAAAACAGCAAUAAGAAGAUUCAGCAGUUAGAGAGCGAAUUGCAAGAUUUAGAGACUGAAAAUCAGACCCUGCAAAAGAACUUGGAAGAGUUAAAAAUCUCCAGUAAGCGCCUGGAGCAGUUGGAAAAGGAGAAUAAGUUGUUAGAACAAGAGACUUCUCAACUGGAAAAGGAUAAGAAACAGCUGGAAAAGGAAAAUAAAAGGCUUCGACAGCAGGCAGAAAUUAAAGAUAGUACCUUAGAAGAAAACAAUGUCAAAAUCAGCAAUCUGGAAAGGGAAAAUAAAUCUCUGUUUAAAGAAAUUGUUGUGUAUAAAGAGUCGUGUGUGCGCCUGAAAGAACUGGAAAAGGAAAACAAGGAACUGGUGAAGAGAGCUACCAUUGAUAAGAAAACCCUGGUCACUUUGAGAGAGGACUUGGUGAAUGAGAAAUUGAAGACUCAACAGAUGAACAAUGAUCUGGAAAAACUGGCCCACGAGCUGGAAAAAAUUGGUUUGAACAAGGAGCGUCUCCUGCACGAUGAGCAGAGCAGUGAUGACAGGUACAAGCUUUUGGAGUCCAAAUUAGAAUCCACUCUCAAGAAGUCUCUGGAAAUAAAAGAAGAAAAAAUUGCUGCUUUGGAGGCUCGUUUGGAGGAAUCAACAAAUCUGAACCAGCAGCUACGUCAGGAACUGAAAACAGUGAAGAAGAACUAUGAAGCUCUCAAGCAAAGACAAGAAGAGGAAAGGAUGGUUCAGAAUUCUCCUCCAAGAAGUGGAGAAGAAAAUCAAUCUGUCAAUAAGUGGGAGAAGGAAAAUCAGGAGACUACAAGAGAAUUACUGAAAGUUAAAGAUAGAUUAAUCGAGGUGGAGAGGAAUAACGCGACGCUGCAGGCGGAGAAGCAGGCGCUGAAAACGCAGCUGAAGCAGCUCGAGACACAGAACAACAACCUGCAGGCCCAGAUCCUGGCCCUGCAGAGGCAGACUGUGUCCCUGCAGGAGCAGAACACAACUCUGCAAACUCAGAAUGCCAAGCUGCAGGUGGAGAACUCCACGCUGAACUCGCAGAGCACGUCGCUGAUGAACCAGAACGCGCAGCUGCAGAUCCAGCAGUCGGCCCUGGAGAGCGAGAGCGAGGCGGCGCUGAAGGAGCGCGAGGAGCUGCGCGCGCUCUACGAGGCGCUGCUCCGCGACCACGAGCGCCUGGAGCAGCUGCACGAGCGCCAGGCCGCCGAGUACGAGUCCCUCAUCGCCAAGCACGGCGGCCUCAAGGCAGCCCACAAGAACCUGGAGCUGGAGCACAAGGACCUGGAGGACAGGUACAAUCAAUUGCUGAAACAAAAAGUGCAGCUGGAAGAGCUGGAGAAGGUUCUCAAGACAGAGCAGGACAAAAUGCUGCAGCAAAGUGAGAAACAUGAGACGGUGGCAGCAGAAUAUAAAAAGCUUCGGGAUGAAAAUGAAAGGCUCAGUCACACGUACAGUCAACUCCAGAGGGAGAAUGAAGUGCUCCAAACUGACCACAAGAAUCUGAAAACAUUGUUGAACAAUUCCAAACUGGAGCAAACACGCUUGGAAGCUGAGUUUUCCAAACUGAAAGAGCAGUACCAGCAACUGGAUAUUACAUCAACAAAGUUAAAUAAUCAGUGUGAGCUGCUCAGCCAACUUAAAGGAAACCUGGAGGAGGAAAACAGACACCUGCUGGAUCAAAUCCAGACCUUAAUGCUGCAGAACAGAACAUUACUGGAGCAGAACAUGGAAAGCAAGGAUCUCUUCCACGUGGAGCAAAGGCAGUACAUCGACAAACUAAAUGAAUUGAGGCGGCAGAAGGAGAAACUGGAGGAGAAGAUAAUGGAUCAGUACAAAUUUUAUGAGCCAUCUCCACCAAGAAGGAGGGGCAACUGGAUCACGCUGAAGAUGAGGAAGCUGAUCAAGUCCAAGAAGGACGGGAACCGCGAGCGCCUCAAGUCGGUGACGCUGACCCCCACGCGCUCCGAGUCCAGCGAGGGAUUCCUGCAGCUGCCCCACCAGGACAGCCAGGACAGCUCCUCUGUGGGCUCCAACUCCCUGGAGGAUGGGCAGACCCUGGGCACCAAAAAGAGUAGCAUGGGUGCACUGAAAAGACUGCCCUUUUUGAGGAACAGACCGAAGGAAAAAGACAAAAUGAAGGCCUUCUACCGUCGCUCCAUGUCCAUGAAUGACCUGGUGCAGUCCAUGGUCCUGGCAGGAGGACAAUGGACAGGUAGUUCUGAGCAUCUGGAGGGUCCUGAUGAUAUAUCCACGGGUAAAAGGAGGAAGGAAUUGGGAGCUAUGGCCUUCUCCACUACAGCUAUCAACUUUGCCACUGUCAACUCCUCCACAGGCUUCAGAUCCAAGCAGUUGCUAAAUAAUAAAGAUACUACAUCCUUUGAAGAUGUAAGUCCACAAGGUAUUAGUGAUGAUUCUAGUACAGGAUCAAGAGUUCAUGCUUCCAGACCAGCCAGCCUUGAUAGUGGCAGGACAUCCACUAGCAAUAGCAAUAACAAUGCUUCACUCCAUGAAGUCAAAGCAGGUGCAGUGAACAGCCAGAGCAGGCCCCAGAGCCACAGCAGUGGGGAGUUCAGCCUGCUGCACGAGCACGAGGCCUGGUCCAGCAGCAGCAGCAGCCCCAUCCAGUACCUGAAGGGACACAGCAGGGGCAGCCCUGUGCUGCAGCACAGGACACCUGAGAGCUGUGGCAAGCACACCAAAACGGGCUCCCCUGGCAGUGAAGUGGUCACCCUGCAGCAGUUCCUGGAAGAAAGCAACAAGAGUAACUCCAGUGAGAUGAAGUCUGCGAGCGAGGAGAACCUUUUGGACGAGGUGAUGAGAAGCUUGUCGGAGUCUGCGGAGCUGGCAGGGAGGGAGAAGCUGCGCAAGCAGCCGGGGGCUGCCUGUGGCAUCGUCAGGUCCCUGAGCGUCAGGAACACGGGGGAUUUCUCAGACGGACGGUCCCUGAAGGCAGAGCAGCUGGUGAGGCCCAGCCUCAGGAAGGCUGAAGAUGUGUGCUUCAGCAGCUCCCCCAUCAAAUUCACGCCCGGCGCCGCGGGCAAGGCGCGGUCCGUGAAGGAAAAGAUCCAAGCAACUGUGAGCCAGCGACAAUCCAGGGACUGCAACCCCUACGCCACCUUACCUCGUGCCAGCAGCGUGAUUUCCACGGCGGAAGGAACCACCCGAAGGACGAGCAUCCACGACUUUUUGUCCAAGGACGGUCGGCCGCCCGUGUCCGUGGAUGCAGCGCCGGCCCCGGCCGACAGGAGCGCUCCGCCCAGCUCCAAUGUGGAAGCUAUCCCAGAAAGCAGAAAUUCAAAAAGCAGGUCUAGGGAGCAACAAAGCUCCUAAUUCUAUUACCCACUACCUGAGCUGUGGGCCAAGUGAGAGAAAAGUGUCCUUCAGUAUCUCAGUGUGAAGCCUUUAUAUCUGAAGUAACAAGACAGCGACUGUAGGAAUCAUUAAUAAAAAUUGAGGGAAUUUUUUACAUUCUUCGUGACUAGAGCAGGCAAGAAAUAAAAACCUACCUACCUACCUUCCUUCCUUGAAUCAAGGAGCUCUACUGGAGUCUACUGCCGAAAAUGUGUAGAUGGUCUUAGGAAUUAUUGCACAUUGCACUGUUAAGAUCUACUGAAUAAAGGACAGUUCUCAUCUCCCUAAGGACCAAGGAUUUUAAGGUCUCAAGAAUUACUCCAGGG